AUGGUGACCGUUGAUGAAAUUCGGAAGGCGCAACGGGCAGAGGGUCCUGCCACCAUAUUGGCCAUAGGAACAGCAACCCCUCCAAAUUGUGUUGAUCAAAGCACGUAUCCUGACUACUAUUUUCGUAUCACAAACAGUGAGCAUAAGGAGGAACUAAAAGAAAAGUUCAAGAGAAUGUGUGAGAAAUCCAUGAUCAAGAAGCGGUACAUGCACUUGACUGAGGAGAUCCUGAAAGAAAAUCCCAAUUUGUGUGCAUACAUGGCACCUUCACUGGAUGCUAGGCAAGACAUGGUGGUGGUAGAGGUACCUAAGCUGGGCAAAGAAGCAGCUACCAAGGCCAUUAAGGAAUGGGGUCAGUCCAAGUCCAAAAUAACCCAUUUGGUCUUCUGCACAACCAGUGGUGUUGACAUGCCCGGGGCUGACUAUCAGCUCACCAAGCUUUUGGGCCUCCGCCCAUCAGUCAAGCGUUUCAUGAUGUAUCAGCAAGGUUGUUUUGCCGGUGGCACGGUGCUCCGGCUAGCUAAAGACCUCGCCGAAAACAACAGAGGCGCUCGUGUGCUAGUCGUGUGCUCGGAAAUAACAGCAGUAACAUUCCGUGGCCCUAGUGACACCCAUCUCGAUAGUCUUGUUGGUCAAGCGUUGUUCGGCGAUGGUGCAGCUGCGAUCAUAAUAGGCUCUGACCCAGUCCUAGGGGUCGAGAAGCCUUUAUUUGAGCUAGUCUCUGCAGCCCAAACAAUUCUACCCGAUAGUGAUGGGGCUAUAGAUGGACAUCUUCGUGAAGUUGGGCUUACAUUCCACCUCCUCAAGGAUGUUCCUGGGAUCAUUUCAAAGAAUGUCGAAAAGAGUCUAACUGAGGCGUUCAAGCCUUUGGGCAUCUCGGAUUGGAACUCCCUUUUUUGGAUUGCACACCCUGGUGGACCAGCAAUCUUGGACCAGGUGGAGGCUAAGUUGGGGCUUAAACCUGAAAAACUUCGGGCCACGCGACAAGUACUGGCUGACUAUGGUAACAUGUCUAGUGCAUGCGUGUUGUUUAUUUUGGAUGAGAUGAGAAAGAAAUCUGCUGAGGAUGGGCUUAAAUCUACUGGAGAAGGCCUGGAAUGGGGUGUGCUUUUCGGAUUUGGGCCUGGGCUUACUGUUGAGACUGUGGUGCUCCACAGUCUGCCUGCUCCCAUUUAG